AUGUCAUGCGAUGAGGAGCCCUCCCAAGAAGUCGCGAACACAACACAGCAUUCACAGUCCGCACCCAUCACUUAUGACCAAAUAAACGGCCUCUUCGAGUCAUUCAGAGUCUCCUUGGCCAACGAUAUAAGAGUAACUAUUAAGAGCGAAAUAAAUACCGCUAUCGAGAAUUUAAAGUCAGAAUUCACAGCUACAACUGAUUUCCUAUCUUCCGAGCAGUGUGAUUUAAGAAAGGAGCUGAACGUGGCAAAGACUACUAUAAAAGAUUUGGAAUCUGAAAACCUUAAAAUGAGUUCAGAAAUGCGUAACUUAGAGCGACGUCUUGUCUCACUGGAAAAGUCUUCACGAAGUCAAAAUUUAGAAAUACAGUGCGUGCCGGAGAACAAAGCUGAGAAUCUAUUUGAGAUAGUCAACAAAUUGGGCAAAGAAAUUAAUGUUUCUAUUACUGAUGCUGAAGUGAAAUCUACUCGUAGAGUCUCUAAGCUAGAAAAGUCAGCGGAGAGGCCUCGCAACAUUCUCGUGACCCUGUCCUCGGAGCGGCAGCGUGACACUAUUCUGACUGCAUUCAAAGCCUACAACCGAGAGCACCGCGCCACGCCGCUCACCUCCACGCACCUCGGGGUGCCUGGCGCGCCUACACGAGUGUAUGUGGCCGAGCACCUUGCGCCCGAAUGCAAGCACCUGUUCGCGUUGGCUAGGAAAGCAGCUAGAGAACUUAACUACAAACACGUUUGGGCAAAAUAUGGAAGGGUUUUUGUCAAAAAGGACGAUAAGGAAACUUCCGGUACUAUAUAUAUAAAGGAUGCUACGGUCCUAAAAGAACUUUAA